AUGGGGAAGGAGCAGGAGCUUCUGGAGGCCGCUCGCACCGGGAACCUCCCGGCCGUGGAGAAGCUGCUCUCGGGGAAGCGCCUCAGCUCCGGCUUCGGCGGCUCCGGUGGCGGCGGCGGCAGCGGCGGCGGCUCCGCGGGGGGCGGUGGCGGCGGCAGCGGCGGGAGCGUCGGUGUGGGGCACCCGCUGUCCAGCCUGCUCAGCAUCUGGAGGGGCCCAAACGUGAACUGUGUUGACAGCACUGGGUACACCCCGCUGCACCACGCUGCUCUGAACGGCCACAAGGAUGUUGUGGAGGUUCUGCUGAGGAACGACGCCCUCACCAACGUGGCAGACUGUAAGGGCUGUUACCCCCUGCACCUGGCAGCCUGGAAGGGAGAUGCUGACAUUGUGAAGCUCCUCAUCCACCAGGGCCCUUCGCACACCAAAGUGAAUGAGCAGAAUGCUCUUGAGAUCAAAGAACUCAAAAAGUACGGCCCCUUUGACCCAUAUAUCAAUGCCAAGAACAACGACAACGAGACGGCGCUGCACUGCGCGGCCCAGCACGGCCACACCGAGGUGGUGAAGGUGCUGCUGGAGGAGCUCACCGACCCCACCAUGCGCAACAACAAAUUCGAGACCCCCCUGGACCUGGCGGCGCUCUACGGGAGGCUGGAAGUGGUCAAGAUGCUCCUGAACGCCCACCCCAACCUGCUGAGCUGCAACACCAAGAAACACACUCCGCUGCACCUGGCAGCCAGGAACGGGCACAAGGCGGUGGUGCACGUGCUCCUGGAUGCUGGCAUGGACAGCAACUACCAGACUGAGAAAGGCAGUGCUUUGCACGAAGCUGCUUUGUUUGGCAAGACAGAUGUGGUACAAAUAUUGCUGGCUGCAGGUAUUGAUGUGAACAUAAAGGAUAACAGAGGCCUGACUGCUCUGGACAUUGUGAGGGAGCUUCCUUCCCAGAAAAGCCAGCACAUAGCAGCUCUCAUUGAAGAUUACACCGUUGGGAAGAAAAGUGCCAAAGCUGUGGAGAAAUCUGCUCCAGCCCCGCUCGCUGCAGCCACCGAUCCCCCGGGCCGGACGUCUCAGGGUGAUGUGGACAAAGCUGUGACAGAGCUGAUCAUGGAUUUUGAUGUGAACCCCGAGGAGGAGAGCCCCUACGAGGCUCUGUACAACGCCACGUCCUGCCACUCCCUGGACAGCCUGGCCAGCGGGAGAUCGUCCGACCGCGAGUCUGGGAACAAGGAGGCUGAGCCCAGCGGCCUCAAGGCAGCUGCAGUCAGGCCUAGAGAACGCCCUCCCCCGCCAGCCAAGCCCCCGCCUGAUGAAGAGGAGGAGCAGAAUGUGGAGAAGAAGACAAGCCACAGUGCUCCCUGUGAGGCCUCUGCUGCCCGGGGGAAGAGCAGGGGAAGUGGAGCUGAGGAAGAGGAACACCCCUACGAGCUGCUGCUUACAGCAGAAACUAAAAAGCCGGUUGCAGUGGACAGGAAAACAAAAGACCACAGGAGGAGCAGCGGCGGCCGCAGCCAGGACUCUGCCGACAGCCAGGACAUCCAGGUGCCAGAGCAGUUCUCAGGGCUGCUCCACGGCUCUUCUCCAAUCUGUGAAAUAAGCGAGGACCCUUUCAGGCUCGCUUCCUCCUCGGAGAAGGGGGACACUGAAGGCACGAGCCACCCUGCUGCUAUGCAGCUGGAGGAUGCUGAGCUAACGUCGUCAGGACCGGCCCGGAGCGGCUCCCCGGAGCCCACGCAGACGGCGGUGUACGCCACGGUGCAGCACGUCAGCCGGGCGGAUCCCGCGGCCCCGGGCACGCCCCACGCGUGUGCCGAGCCAGAGGGGGACAGAGCUGUGGGCAGAGCCCACCCGGGCAGCAGACCCAAAGCCGAGCUCAAGCUCAGCCGCAGCUUGUCCAAGUCGGACUCUGACCUGCUGACCUGCUCCCCGACCGAGGACGAUGCCAUGGGGAGCCGGAGCGAAUCGCUCUCCAACUGCAGCGCCGGCAAGAAGCGGCUGGAGAAGUCUCCAUCCUUUGCUUCGGAGUGGGAUGAGAUUGAAAAGAUCAUGAGUUCCAUCGGCGAAGGCAUUGACUUUUCCCAGGAGCAGCACAGGAUCUCAGGUUCGCGGAUGCUGGAGCAGAGCGUCGGGGAGUGGCUGGAGUCCAUCGGCCUGCAGCAGUACGAGAGCAAGCUGCUCCUGAAUGGCUUUGAUGAUGUUCGCUUCCUGGGCUGCAAUGUCAUGGAGGACCAGGACCUGCGGGACAUCGGCAUCGGGGACCCGCAGCACCGGCGGAAGCUGCUCCAGGCUGCUCGCUCCCUCCCCAAGUUGAAACCCCUGGGAUGUGAUGGGAAUAGCCAGCCAUCAGUUCCUGCAUGGCUCGACUCCCUGGGGCUGCAGGAUUACAUCCAGUCCUUCCUCUCGAGUGGCUACAGCUCCAUCGACACUGUGAAAAACCUCUGGGAGCUUGAGAUAGUGAACGUGCUCAAAGUGAACCUGCUGGGCCAUCGGAAGCGGAUCAUCGCCUCGCUGGCAGACAGACCCUACGAGGAGCCACCAGCCAAACCACCACGGUUCUCACAGCUGAGAUGCCAGGAUUUGAUGUCCCAGACGUCGUCUCCCCUGAGCCAGAACGACUCGUGCACGGGCAGAUCUGCGGAUCUGCUGCUGCCCUCCGGGGACACUGCCAAGAGGCAGCACGACCGUGGCACUGAGCUUGCUCCCUACUCCAGAGCUGAGCGCUACAAAGCACAGGAGGACCGCCGGGAGUCCAGGCUCACCCUGCGCCCCCCCAGCCUGGCAGCCCCCUAUGCCCCUGUGCAGAACUGGCAGCACCAGCCCGAGAAGCUCAUCUUCGAGUCCUGCGGGUACGAGGCCAACUACCUGGGCUCCAUGCUGAUCAAGGACCUCCGAGGGACAGAGUCUACCCAGGACGCCUGUGCCAAGAUGAGGAAAUCCACGGAGCACAUGAAGAAGAUCCCAACCAUAAUCCUGUCCAUCACGUACAAAGGGGUGAAGUUCAUCGAUGCCUCCAACAAGAAUGUCAUUGCUGAGCACGAGAUCCGGAACAUCUCCUGUGCUGCCCAGGACCCUGAGGAUCUCUGCACAUUUGCCUACAUCACCAAGGACCUGCAGACCAGCCAUCACUACUGCCAUGUCUUCAGCACUGUGGAUGUGAACCUGACGUACGAGAUCAUCCUCACGUUGGGGCAGGCAUUCGAGGUCGCCUACCAGCUCGCCCUGCAAGCCCAGAGAGCAAAGCCUCUGGGUGCUGGAGCAGGAGAAAUGAUUGAAACAAAAUCUUCCAAACCGGUGCCUAAACCACGAGCAGGCAUGAGGAAAUCCACGCUGGAUCCUCCUGAAGUGGACCAAGACUCCCAGUCUCAUGCCAGUGUCUCCUGGGUCGUGGACCCCAAGCAGGACUCCAAGCGGACCCUCAGCACUAAGUAUGAGACCACUAUCUUCUAAAGCAAGCGCCCGCGCCCGCCCCGUCUAACCGUGCCUUUGCGAUCUGAUCUGUCUGCUCUUCUAAACUCCCUCUUCCUCCAGCUGCUCGCCCUGAGCCCUCCUAGGCACCACAUCCAAGGCAGCAGCACUUAGGAGACUGUAGACUUACCCGGCUUUUGUACCUGCUGAACACUGUGAAUCUCCUUUCUCGGAAACAAGGGUAACGCUGUAGCUGCCCGCCAGGCGGGAGGAGCAGAGAGGGCAGGCUGGCAGGCGGAGAUGUGGAUCCAGGAAAGCCGCCCACCGUUUUCACGUCUUCCCCCCUCGCUCUGGCACUGUGAAUCCCUGGGGCAAUGUGAUACUCCCCAGGCCUUUUUUUUUUUUUUUCUAUCUCACCUUGUCUUUGGACUGAUGGAGACCUCUUGUCUCCGUGGUGCACACACUCCCUCCUCCUAGAUCCUCCUCUUCCCGGCUGAGCCGCGGCUGUGUACUGUUCAGUGAACUCACCUCUCCUUCCUGCCACUCGAACCGACACUAACCACUGUGAUGCUCUCUGAAAUAACACACGGGCACUUCCAUUUCCUCACGGCCACCCUUGCCCACAGUCUCCUUCCUCAAAGCCCAGUGCAGAACUUGCUCUGGGUGGUGGGGGAGCGUUGGUUUGGGCCGGGUGUGGUCGUUCCCACUGUGAGCUCUGUCCCCUCGGAUAUGAGGGGGGGUUUGGUGGCAUGCAUUUCAGUCCUUUGUAGGUUUUUCUUUCCCUCAUAGUCCUUGUGUUUACACUCACCAGACUUCUCUGUGAGAGCUGGGUGUAGUUCUCAUGUGGCAGCCUGUGGUUAGGCUUCCAAAGGCACGUGUUGUUGUUAGCCCCAGGCUGGGGAGGGGAGGUGUCAGCUGGGCACCACAAGCAGCAUCACAGGGAGAGGCCAGGGAGCAGCCCUGGGUUAUUUGCCCCUGGUGUUAAGGCCCAGUAGCAGCUUGUCUGAGUUUUGCUGUGGCUUUGGAGCUGCUGCUUCAGAUCUUCCAUUUCCCCUCACCUGCAAUGAAAUCUGAUGUUUUAAAAGUCCUUAUUUUAGCUCUUUCUCAGGAAUGAGUUGGAUUUCCCAAAUCAUUUGUAACUUAAUGGCAAACUGACCUCAUACUGAGGGUUCAGCCAGUGGGAGCCCAGUGAGAGGACUAAAAGUAAAAAUGUCUUAAAGCAAAAAAAAAAAAACAAAAGAAAGCUCAAUCUAGUUCAUACAUUUCAUAUGCUAUAGAGUCCCCCGACACAGAGUCAGCACUGCCCAGGGCCUGCAGUGCCACCCUGCCAGCCCAGGCCUUGUGGACCGCAGAACACUGCUGUGCCUGAGGUGCUCCGGGAGGUUGGGUUUGGGUUCCAUCAGCACUUUUCCAAGCUCUAAGAGUGCCAUGAAGGUUUCUGUGUCCCUCUAGGAGAAACUCACUCCCUGGUGUGGGUGGCAGAACGGUUUCUAUGUGUAGAUGUUCAGCACACAGCUGCCACACGUGCCCCCAAUGUCAGAAGCUCUGAGCCCUUCACCUCCCCCUGCUCUCAGCUGGGAAGGGCAGGUCCCUCCACCCCCCUAAAUCCGGGUCAGGAGAGCGUGUGCCUUUCUCAGGGUGACCAAACCCAGCAGGGAUCACAGGCAGCCCUUCCCAAACCAAACCGCUGCCGCUCUGUGUCCGUACCCUGACGGUUUUUGUGUCCCAUCUCGGGGCCGUUCGCCCGGCCUUUCCCAGCACGGUUUUUGUGUGACUCGGACAUUCAUUCCAUUAUCUUCCUUUCUGUUUGCCUCUGCGAAGCUGAGCUCCGGGCAGCCGUCUCCUACCACGGGAUGUAGUGCUGGGGCAGACACCUGGGACGCAGUGGCCUCCUGACACGAAGAUCAUCUCCCUGUGGCACGGGUGGGUGCGUGGCUGCUCGGUGAGGGCUGCCAGAGCGCAGGGGGGCAGGGAGCCAGCCUCCGCCGAGGAAAGCUGCUCAUCUCCAUUCCUAGCAAA